GAUGGCGGAAAGCAGAGAGUUUUUGUACCAACGAACAAGAUGGACAGUAUUUGCGUCUCUUUUUGUCGGAUAUUCCUUCUACUACUUCACAAGAAAGACCUUCACAUUCUCUAUCCCUUCAAUCGUAGAAGAACUUAAUUUAACGAAAGAAAAUCAACACCAGCUUGGCAUAAUUACGAGCAGUUAUACUGUGACGUACGGGUUAAGCAAGUUUAUCGGAGGAUUUUUAGGCGAUAGAGUUAGUUCUCGUGGCUUAUUUGCCUCUGGUUUACUCCUAAGUGCUUUAGUUAACGUUGCUAUCGGGUACUAUACGAGUUUGUGGAGUUUGACAGUGUUGUGGGGGGUAAACGGGUUAGUUCAAGGAGUCGGAUGGCCGCCUUGUGCAACGCUCAUCAAGAACUGGUUCAAACCGCAAGAGUUUGGUACACUAUGGAGUGUUCUAACAGCAUCAAGCAACCUCUCAGCAAGCCUAUCACCUGUAAUCAUCUCAUAUUUAUUACUCAACUAUGGCCUUAAAUAUGCAUUCAUURUUCCCGGAGGCAGUGCUUUAAUCAUUUCAAUGGUAGUAUAUUUAAGUAUAUAUAACUCACCUUCGGAGAUUGGAUUUGAUGAUAAUUAUGCGCCAAGCCAUGAGGAAAAUACCAGUGAGACAGUAGAAGAAACUAGUUGCUCCAUUUCAGAUGUCCUGCGUAGUCCAUUUCUGUAUGUGAUUUCAUUUGGGUAUUUCAUGGCUGCCUUUGUUAAGUUUGGAGUUGCUGACUGGGGACAGCUGUACUUGAUUCAAGAUAAAGGRAAAUCUCAGUACGAUGCUGGUGUUGCCAUGAGCAUGUUUGAAGUUGGUGGGUUCUUUGGGAGCAUCACAUCUGGAUACAUUUCAGAUAAACUGGUUGCCAAGUUUAAUGACAAGACAACUGCUAGUCCUAGAAUGCCRCUGAUAUUGGUCUAUGUACUUGCCAUGUUUAUGAGCCUACAUGUACUAAGAACUGUUAUCCUCCUGGAAACACCAAAGAUGAUGGUGGGGCUUACUACAUUUGCAUUGGGAUGUUCAGCAAUGGGUCCUAUCAACAUGUUUGGUGUAUUAGCAGUAGAGAACAGUCCUGUUGGGUUGACGUCAUCCACCCACGGCAUCGUAGCUUUAGCAGCCAGUAUUGGUGCAGUCAUGGCAGGCUAUCCACUUAGUAUCUUCACCAAGUUUUAUGACUGGGAUGGAAUGUUAAUUCUUUUACAAGCAAUAUGUCUGUUAACGUUCAGUGUGUUGCUUUGCACUCGCAAUACUAACAGAAAUAUGAGUCUAUCGGUUAAAGAAAAAGCAACAUAAUGAUUAUUUAAAAUAAUAAUUACCAAUACAGGGGGUGUACCACAAGUUGAAUUGCAACAGCAAUUUUUCAUGCAACAUUGUUGUGCAAAAAAUUGUUCUCAUGUAACAUGGUGACAAUUUUAACUAAAACUCACAUUCUUGCCAUCAAUUUGAGUUGCCUGCUGUGCAUGCCAUGUUACGCACCUUGAUAUGCACAUCUCAACACCACCUCCCUUUCGCUGAUCUAUCCUGUUUUUCAGGGAUCAAAUUUUGCCUCAUGUAAGGAAACAAAAGUCCUUUCUAGUUUAACAAACAAGUUGCAUUCUGGUCUAGCUUGGGUACGAGCAACACCAUGUAGUCCAUGAUGAAUAAAAAUGUUUGUACCCUUGCUGUACCUUGAUCUACUAUCUCCAAAAAGGUGACUUUAUUUGCAGAUGUUGCAAUUUUGGAAUAUACAAGGACUAGAUCUUUAUAAUGUUGGAGAAAGCCACUUAAGGGAUAGUGUAACACUGCAAGGUACAAAAGUUUCACCACAUUUAAUGUAUUUGCAUACAAUGUACUUCUAUGCACAGACUUUGCAAUUUUCCCAUGUGGUCAUACCUUUGUGGUUUAAGGAUAGAUUAUUUGAUCUACACAUAUUAUUCAGAAAUAUACAACAUUUCAAUUUGUUAUUAUUAUUWUUGGAUCUGUUGAUAUAAUUUUUUUUAAACAGUUAAUUAAUAUUAGGAAAUCGUAUCAAUUUAAAAAUUUUUUUUGACGAGAAAG